AUGGAAGCGAGGUUCGUGACCUGCCGGAGUUUCCAGCAGAUCAAGCCGCCUGAAAAGAGUCUCGCACCGUCACCACCGACGGUGAAGGGGCUCCUUUCUCGCUUUGGGAGUCAGGCACAGGCAUUGUUCGCCCCCAAGAAGCCCCGCUUCGGUUCGUCUGUGGCUAUACACAAACUUCGUGAGACCAAGUGGUUCAAACAUGAUGAACAGAACAUAUUAUGUGCCGUCCUCGAGACAGGAUUCAUACUCGAGGUGCGAGCUGAAGAUCCGCUGCCAGCGGACUCCAUAUUGUCACCAGAUUAUCACAUGUACGCAAUUGCCAUGUGGAAGAAGGGUAAAGAAAAAACAAAGAACCCGGAACAGAUAGAUGUGUACACCGUACAACAAAAAGGUGUGCGUAAACGUGUCGUGAAGACAACACUUAGUGCCUUUUGGAAGAAGGACUCUGUAAUACGUAUCAACAACGUGGAUGACAAGCAGGAAACGCCAAACAGUGAAAAGGAUAUCAGAGCAAAGUUGGAUAUGGCAACUAAGUCAAGGUUCGAGAGGAACUGGCAUAAUACCCUGCACUUCGUCCACUGGUGCCGAUAUGGAGAAACGCCGCAAGAGGCUCGCAUGAGACAGAGUGAGGAAUCGAACACAUCCAGACUGGCGAUCAUUCAUCAUGCAUGGGUCAUUGAUUGGGUACGAAAAGUACAAAAAGAGAUCGCACAACGAAGAAAUUUUGUUACAGAUCAGCUUAACAACGUCGAAAACACCUAUGAUUAUCAUCUUUUGAUGGUAAUUGUUGAGGCGCUUUGGACAAUUACAGCUGGCAAGAAUAAAAAUACCGAUUAG